UAUUUUUAUAAUGUUAAGUAGCGCAUCGCCUUCCCCAUUAAGCAAUACAUCAAAUAUUCAAAUAAAUAAUACAACACUAUCGCAAUUAUUUAUUAACCAAAGAUUAAUAGAAUCGUUUCUGCGCAAAAGUAUAUUGUUAAAAAUUAUUGAAGCAGCCGCUAGUCAAUAUACAAAAAAUUAUCAACAAACAAAAAGACCAGAAGACACACUGGCUGCUGUGAUAGUGCAGUUACCAUUUGCAUACAAAGAUUUCCUCGAUAGUCCUAAGGAACUGUUGAAUUUGACAAUUGAUGAGCCAAUACAAUUUAUGAACGCCGUCAAAUACUGUGUUUAUUCACUUAUACGCGACUUUGUUAAGCAAACAAGCAGCGAAACUGGACUUAAAUCCAUCGAUAUUGAGCAAGUGCAUGUGCAGCUUCGAUUUAUAGGUUUACCAUAUCAACAGCACUUAUGUUUUGAUCCUUCAAAAAAUUUAUAUCCUACCAAUUUAUGUUCAGUUCUUGGUAUAUUAACUGCUUUAACUGAACCAGAGAAGUGUGUUAUACAAACGGUUUGGUUUUGUUCAACAGGUUGUCUCAGAAAUAAAAUUAAAAAAAAUUCCACUGAAGUUUUUGUUUACCUUUGCAGCGCCACAGUGCAACAGUUGCUCUCGUUCUAUGAGCGAGUAUAGCAAGUUACGUUCUAUUCAAAACUAUCAUCUGCUGCGUUUGGUACCUACCGGUUUUGUUCAAACGCCCAUAAUCCUUGAUAAAGUUUUUC